CUUUAGGGCCUGGCGCGGGCCGGGCCGGAGGGAAGGCGGGGCUACGCCAUUUUGGGGCCGUUGGGCGCUGGGCAGGGCAGUUUCCCCCCCUAAUUAUCCUCUCUCCCGUCUCCUGCCGAGGGGACGAAGCCUGCCCAACUUGUCCCGCCCUCCUCCUCCUCCAGGCUCCCUGCAGGUGGGUGGAUGUGAGGAUCGAGUAAUUACAGCAAACACUUGGAGAGCAAGUGGUGUUUUUAACCUUCACAGUCCAGCAUGAUUAUUUGAAAGGUCAGAGUGAUAACAACACAUCUGUGGCGAUGAGCAACAGUAACUUGAAGAGCCAACCUCCGUUAGAGAGGAUGGAACUGGGAAAGGGCAAACUUCUGCGGACCGGCAUUAACGCCUUGACUGAAGCCGUCCACCCCAUCUACGGGCUGGCCUGGACGGAUGGGAAGCAGGUGCUCCUGAUGCCGCUUCAGAACGGAGAACCCGGGCUGAGCGGCUCCAGCGUCAUCGGGCAGUUCGAGCACGUCCACGGGCUCUCCUGGUGCCCCGUCUUUCAGGCCAACUGGCCGGCUCUGCUCGCGGUCCAGCACAAGAAGCACGUCACCGUGUGGGAGCUCUGCUACAGCAGCCCGGAGAAAAACAAGCUCCUGGUCUCCCAGAGCUGUGAAGUUAGAGAGCCGUUUCCCGUGCUCCCUCAGGGCUGCAUAUGGCACCCGAAGAAAGAGAUCCUGACCAUCCUGACCAACCAGGACGCCUCGGUGAUAUACUCGGUCCGUUGCGACAGCAUCAUCGUGAAAGCCGACAUCAAAGCCAGUGGUCUCAUCCACUGUGCCUGUUGGACCGAAGAGGGCAAUCGCUUGGUGCUGGCCAUAGGCAGCGCCUUGCAUUCUUACAUCUGGGACAGCACCCGGAAGACCUUGCUCCCCUGUUCCUUUUGCCCAAUUUUCGACGUGGGAGGCUACAUCUGUGCUACCGAAGCCACCGUGGGUCUCCAGAUUGCUGUAGCCACUGAGCUUCCGUUAGAUAAGAUUUGUGGUUUAAAUGCAGGGAUGGCCUUUGAUAUCCCAGCCGACGGGGAGAGUAAUUCUUUCCCUUCGCAGUCAACGUUACUGGUUGCCGAUGAAGAGCUCCCUAAAGCUCCGGGGAAAGCUGCCCAAGAUCCCGAAAAGUCCACGUCCUCUCUUUCACCAGAUAUGGUGGACCUGACUCAUGUCCACUCCAACAAUCCAAGGCCUAGACCCAGUCCGCUUCUUAAUCUGAAACCCAAGGAUUAUUUGACGGGAAGUGGUCACGACUCCUCCCAUUUGAUCUUGGUGUCCUUUGAGCCGAAGGCCACCACCACUAGGAAAGUCAACAUCCCCGGGAUUCUGGUCCCUGACAUCAUGGCUUUCGAUCCUAAAGCCCAGGUAGUGGCCAUCGCCUCCAAUACUUGCAACGUCAUCUUGGUCUACUCGCUAACUCCUUCUUCGAUGCCAAAUAUCCAGCAGAUCCAACUGGCGGCCUGUGAAAGACCCAAGGGCGUUUGUUUCCUGUUCAACAGCCUACUGUUAAUUUUGGUGGGGAAGCAGAAGUCCACCGAGCCUGCGUUCCUUCCCUCGUCCAAGUCCGACAAGUUCUCUCUUCACCUGAUGGUUAAAGAAAUACUGCUCGAGGAAGAAGACUCUUCUGUCUCCUCAGGCAGCAGCCCCAGCGAUUCUCCCUCUGCAGGCGACGACAUGUUAGAUGUCGCCGGCCCAGGGAAGUCUCCCGAAAACCUCCCCCCGGCGUCCUUUCUAAAAGGGGAAAAGCUUUUGAUCCCGGGGAGUGACACUCCUUUUCUAGGGGGAAAGCCACUUAUAGAAGAAGUCAAGAGCCCUGCGUGUGAGCAGAACCAGCCACCCAGAGUGAGUAAGCGCAGCAAAACCGAGAUUUCCUCCGAGCGUCUCAUGGAUCUGGAAACUCUGGAGGUGGAACCCGUCAGUCGGUCAGCGGCCACGCGCAGAUCUCUCAAGGAGUCCAACACCCCCGCUUUUCCUAAGGUGCAGGUUAACACGCAGGAAUCUCUGCGUCCGCCCAAAAGCAACCUCCCGAAGAAAGCCAGUCGGUUGCUCAAAGAUCUAGAGAGGUUGUAUGGGAGCUUUUCUGAAUUACAGCAGCGCCUAGCUCAACUUCCUGACCUCAAGCAAAAUGGGAAGACUUCUUCUGCAUUGUAUCCACUUUCUCAGGAACCUUCUUUUGUUCACGUCAUUUAUCAGAAACCCCAUGUUGGAGGCUCCGUCGUUGAAAGGCGAACUUUUCUCCUCUGCGACGGCAGACUUCGGCUCAGUGUGAUCCAGCGGACCUUUGGCCUUUCUCUCGUUGAAAUGCAGCACGAGUCCCUCUGGAUCAUCCUCGCCGCUGACAGUGAAGGCUUCAUCCCAUUAACUUUCACAGCCACCCAGGAAAUAAUCAUAAGAGAUGGCAGUGUCAGCUCAGAAACCUCCCAAGACAAUUUUGCUCCAAAUUCAGACCUCAGCAGGCUCCCCGAAGUCUUCAGAGACCAUUCUGCCAAAAGCGGAGAUGCCCAUAAUUCCAUGGAAAAGUCAGACGGAACCAUGUAAAAUUUCCAUUAUUUGCUGCAGAACUGUUCAAACAAGAUCAUUUCUUUAAAAAAAAAAAAAAAAGGUUUCACAGAGGACUGUUACAAAGGCUUAAAGCCAGUAUCCCAAUGUGGAUUUUUUUCUGUUUACUAUUUUGGCCUUAGUGCUUGCAGUUGUACUGAGGCCAGAACUAUAUCCUUGCCCGUCACCUGGAUAUAGUCACAGCACUUAGAGAUGCCGCAGAACAGAAUUUCUUGUUGUUUCACAACUGAGGGUGUGUGUGUGUAUUCAAGGUUUUAUCCAAUGGCAGAAUUCACAUAAUAAAACAAAAGACAAGGUC